CACGUGUAUCGAAAGUGCCUACAAGCUUUGAUCUAUCCGAUCAGCUGUACAACACCACAUAAUUUUCAAACAACCAAUUUCCAAACUCCUACUUGGUGCUAUGAAUGUGAAGGAUUGUUAUGGGGACUGGCCAGACAAGGUUUGCGCUGCACAGAAUGUGGGGUCAAAGUGCAUGAAAAGUGCCGGGAACUGCUCAGUGCCGAUUGUCUACAGAGAGCUGCCGAGAAGAGCUCAAAACAUGGUGAAGGUGAACGAAUACAGUCGUUGGUGGCGGUUAUACGAGAUCGAAUGAAAAUACAGGAGAAGAACAAGCCUGAGAUCUUUGAAACCAUACGUACUGUAUUCGGUGUUGAUGAACGGACACAACAAGAAACGCUGAAGCAAGUAAAGACCAGCAUUCUUGAGGGUAGCAGUAAAUGGAGCGCUAAGAUAACUUUGACGGUAAUCUGUGCACAAGGAUUGAUUGCAAAGGAUAAAACUGGCAAAAGUGAUCCGUAUGUGACAGCACAGGUGAUUCUUUACAAUAAAAAACGUUUUCUGCAGGUUGGAAAAGUAAAACGACGAACUCGGACCAUUCAUCAAGAGUUGAAUCCUGUCUGGAAUGAGAAGUUCUACUUCGAAUGCCACAACUCCACGGAUCGCAUUAAAGUACGUGUAUGG